UCCAUGAGUAAGUAAGUAAGUAAGUGAAAAAUCAGAGUCAUGGUACAUCAGCACGCAACAAUCUUAUUGCAGAUUUGGAGUAUUACUGCUACAAUAACCUGCUCAGCCAAACGAAGCCAGGAUGGGGCUCUUGCCAUGUUUGCAUUCUUCAGAUUCACCCUUUAUUUAGCAUACGGAAAUAUAUCCGUAAGCUUACGGAGAUGCCUGUGCUUUCUUCUUACAGACAUGGUAUAUGGAUGGGCCCCCAUCAAAAUUUUGGUUAUCUGGCUUUUUCUUCACUCAAGCAUUCCUCACAGGGAUACAGCAGAAUUAUGCUCGGAAACACACAAUUCCAAUCGAACUGCUUGCAUUUGACUUUGAGGUGAUGAAGGAGAGUGACUACAAGACAUCCCCAGAAGAUGGAGUGUACAUAUAUGGGUUAUUCCUAGACGGUGCUCGUUGGAAUCAUGAAGCCUUCAUUCUUGAUGAGUCCUUGCCAAAAGUGUUGUUCAGCCAUGUCCCUAUUAUAUGGCUGAAGCCAAUGAAGAGCUUGGACAUCACAGAGCGACUCACGUACAGAUGUCCCGUGUACAAGACGUCUGAAAGACGAGGUGUGCUUUCUACAACAGGGCAUUCCACAAAUUUUGUUAUUGCUAUGACGUUACCAACAGGAAAGCCUGCUAACCACUGGAUCAUGCGUGGAGUGGCGAUGCUUUGCCAGCUGUCAGAGUAGGAACACAGAGUCUAAAUUACAUCAAAACCUGCCAAGUUAGCAUCCACAUCACCCAUAUGGCCUCCAAACUUAAAACUUAUAAAAGAUUUUGUGAAUUCUGGUAUUUAUAUCAUAAUUUAUUGGUGUUAUGAAUCAGUGAUGAGAUGCAUAUAUUCUGCAUAAAAAUAUGUAGAAAAGAUAUGGAAAGAGAUGAGGGUGUAGAACUGUUUUUAACAUUGACGUAUUUUCUGUGUACAUAUAAUAAUUUCAGAUAAUUCUAGUCAUUAUGCAACUGUACAUUAGGAAUAAUAGCCAAACAACUAUGUAAAUUUUAUUUAUAAAUAAAAUUAUGUUAGAAAAAGCCACACUAAAUUUCAAGGUUAUUUGUAACCAAGGAGAACUAAGAAAUGAUUGCACUGAAUAGAUCAUAGCUCUGUUUGAAGAAAAGUAAAUGAAAGUUCUGUGAUGUCUUAUAAUUGCAUCUAUGGUACUUCUCAGUGCUUCAAACUGUGCAAAAAUGGUUACAAUAUAAAAUGCCUUAAGAGAUGAGAGGUGUUUUUAGAACUCACUAUCAGCCACAAAGAAACUUCAUAAGCUUAUUUGUAUCAGAAACACUAUUAUAGAUUGAAAUAUUAUAUGAAACCUACACAUAAGAGUAUUAACAACUAAUUAAGAACAACAUGAAAUGUGGAAAAUGAU